UCUUUCUUGAGUAACAGCCAAAGCCAUGAAAUUUUGCUCAGCUCCUCUCCCAUGGCCGUGGCCACGAUUCCUUCUCCUCCUCCUCCACCUCUUCUUCUUCUUCUCCCUCACUUCUCCUUCCCUCUCCUUGCAUUCUUUGCACCCAAGCAACCUGACCCUCUACGGCGACGCUUACUACACUGAGAACUCCAUCAGCCUCACCCAGAACACCAGCUCCUGCACUCCCUUCUCUCCUCCUACUCCGUCGUUUGGGCGCGCCCUCUACUCCCGCCCCAUCCGGUUCCUCAACCCGCCGAACAACUCCUCCGCCUCCUUCUCCACUCGGUUCACCUUCCUCAUCACGGGGUCUCCGCUGUGCCCAUUUGGGGAUGGGCUCGCCUUCUUGAUCACUUCCGAUGCAGACUCGUUCAGCCCGUCGAACGGGUACAUGGGCCUCCCUGCCCCUUCCUUUGAGAUCCAAGACUCGUCCUACGUCGCAGUGGAAUUCGACACGAGUUUCAACCCCACUUUUGGUGAUGUGAAUGGGAACCACAUUGGGAUUGAUCUGGGCUCUGUAACUUCUUUUGAUGCAACCGACGCGGUCUCCGGAGGGAUCGAUCUGAAGAGCCGCAGGCACAUCACAGCCUGGGUAGAGUACCGGAGUGCAGUGAAGUUGCUCCAGGUUUGGGCGGCGCACUCGAACUUUCGGCCUCAGAGUCCCGUUCUUGUUGCUCAAAUAGACCUCUCCAAGCACUUCAGGGAGUUCAUGCACGUCGGAUUCUCUGCCUCUAACGGGCAGGGCUCAGCUAACCACAUUAUCACUAAUUGGCGGUUUGGUACUUUUGGUUUCACGUCUUUAGGUGUCCCUGUCAAUUCUCUCGAGGGAGGGGACUGCUUGAUGUGUUUCCCGGAGCAAUCGAGCAUUGAAAUGGAUGGCUCUGAUCUGCGCAAGAAGGGAUCGCAGGUUCAAGAUUUGGCCCUAGGAUUAGGAGGUUUAGCAGCGCUUAUUAUCUCAAUAAUCUUGAUUGUUGGAGCUGUCAGUUUCUACUUGAUCAAGAAAUCUAAUAAGAGCAAGGAGAGGAGCAGCGACAGAGGAGCGGAGAACUGUGUAGUUGAAAUAAACAAGGUCCCAACGAAACUGUCACUUGCUGAGAUUAGGGAAGCGACUAUGGGGUUCAACAGGAGCAAGAUCAUCGGGGAAGGAGCCUCAGCUACGGUCUAUCAGGGGACGCUCCCAGGUGGGACUGUGGCAGUCAAACGGUUUGACCGGGAGAACCGGCUCGAGAAUAACCGGACCCCCUUCACGACUGAGUUUGCCACAAUGGUGGGUUGUUUGCGGCACAAGAAUCUGGUCCAGCUCCAGGGCUGGUGCUGUGAGGGCUCAGAGCUUCUCCUCAUAUACGAGUAUCUCCCGAACGGAAGCCUCGAUAAAAUCCUCCAUGGAAGUUCGGGAAGUUCAUAUAGUUUUCUCACAUGGGAGCAGAGGAAGAAGAUCAUCCUCGGGGUGGCCUCGGCUCUAACAUACUUGCACGAGGAGUGUGAGAGGCAGAUUAUUCACCGUGAUGUGAAGACUUGUAACAUAAUGCUCGAUUCAGAGUUUAAUGCAAAGCUGGGGGAUUUUGGGCUAGCUGAAGUCUAUGAGCACAGCUGCCGCACAAGAGCAGUCACUAUACCCGCAGGUACAAUGGGUUACCUAGCACCGGAGUAUGUAUACUUUGGUGUCCCGACUGUGAAGACCGAUGUGUAUAGUUUUGGUGUAGUGGUGCUGGAGGUGGCCACAGGGCUGCGGCCAGUAGAGGAGAGCGGCGGCGGGACGAUUUUGGUCGACUGGGUGUGGGACUUGUGGGAGAAGGGGAGGACAAUCAGCGCCUUGGACAGCAAGUUAAGGGGGAAGUGCAACGAGGCAGAGGCAGAGAGGAUGCUUAUGGUGGGGCUGUGCUGUGUGAAUCCUGCCCACGAUAAGAGGCCGAGUAUGAAGGAGGCUGCCCGAAUUCUGAAGGGCGAGGUGCCAGUCCCCCGCCUGCCUGCCAGGAAACCAACUGUCAGGAUCGGUUCCGUACUGCUAGAGCGGUCUGAGGAGAUACUGAACCUUGGCCUCAGAGACGGAGAUGAAACUAGCUCGGGAUAUGAUGAUCUGCCUUACAUGACCCCUAAGAGCCAUUUCGGCUAG